CCUGCUGAGCCCACCGGCCGUGCUCAACAAGCAGAAGCGGCACCCCCCGUGCCGUCCUCUAAGGAAGGGGGCCCAGGUGCAGCGGCUGCACCUUCACCUAUUCAGGAGCCAGUGACCCAGAUGCCCCAGGACAUGCCCACCAACCCUGCCAACCAUUACCAGAGCUCUGCUGUGGGUCUGGAGUUGCCCCCUCAAGCUCCACGCCCUCUAGUGGUGAACCGACAUAUCGACAGCCAACUGAGGGGCCUAAUAAAGCAACUGAGGGAUCGGACCACGAGCUACAAGGAAAAGGUCAUCGACCCAUAUGCCUCGUCCCCGGAGCACAGCCCCCCCAGGACACCAGCUUGCCGAAAGCGGCACAUCCCGGAGAGACACGAGGAAGAUGAGGAGGGAGGGGAUGAAGGGGCGACCGCCAAGGAGGGCAAGGUGAAAGCUGAGGAAGCAGGAAGGGAGGCGGAUGGGAAGAUGAACAAGGAGGACGGGGGGGGCAGCCCGGGGGACAGUGCGGCAGGCCCAGCCCCCCCUCUCUCAGGCAUCUUCUGUCUGCUCAGGCCGCUGGAGGAGAAGCUGGACGCAUGGCUGGGCGAGACCCUGGAUCCCUUCACAGACCGCAGGUAUCUCUCCUGGCUCGGCUUUGUGACACUCGCCCUUGGCUACAACGUCUGGCUCAUCCCAGCGCGCAUGGCCUUCCGCUGCCAUACUGAGCGCAGCGCCCCCUUGUGGUUCUGCUGCGACCUGCUCGCCGACACCGUCUAUGUCGUUGACAUGCUUGUCGUCCAGCCCCGGCUGCAGUUCAUCAAAGGCGGCGACGUCAUCGCGGACAGGAUAUUAACGACGAAGAACUAUCGAGACUCCACGAGAUUCAAGACUGACUUCAUGGCGAUCCUUCCAUUUGAGCUUCUGUAUCUUCAGUUCGGCUUCAUGUCCGUCUUCAGGGCCAAUCGCAUGCUGAGACUCAGAUCCUUCUUCGAGUUCAGCGACCUUCUGGAGGGCAUGAUGACGAAAGCUUACAUUUGGAGAGUGACCCGGACUGUCGGCUACCUGCUCUUCAUCCUGCACCUGGACGCUUGCCUGUACUACACAGCAUCAGAGUAUGAGGGCUUGGGCUCCACCCGGUGGGUCUACAAUGGCGAGGGCAGCGCCUACCUGAGAAGCUUCCUCUAUGCAGAGAAGUCCCUCCUCAUGAUCGCGGAGCUGCCCUUGCCCGACACUUUAUUUGGGCUGAUCUUUCAGAUGACGAACUACUUCAUAGGAGCCGCCUUCCUGUCUACGUUUCUGGCCCAGAUGAGGGUUGUCAUCAGUGCUGCCACUGCCGACCAGACCAGCUUCUGCAAAUCCAUGGACAAUGCAGUGGCCUACAUGAACACCAACAAGAUCCCCAAGCUGGUGCAGGACAGAGUGCGCACCUGGUACAUGUACACCUGGGAGUCCCAGGGCAUGCUGGAUGAGUCAGAGCUGCUGGAGCAGAUGCCCCUGGUCAUGAGGACGGCCAUCGCUGUGGACAUCAACCUCAGCACCUUCCAGAAGAUCGAUCUCUUCAAGGGCUGUGAGGGGCAGAUGCUGGUGGACAUGCUGUUACGGCUGAAGCCCGUCGUGUAUCUCCCAGGAGACUUUGUGUGUAAAAAGGGGGACAUUGGGAAGGAGAUGUACAUCAUCAAGGCCGGGGCAGUGCAGGUGGUGGGGGGUCCAGACAAUAAUACAGUGUUCGUCACGCUCAAGGCCGGAUGCGUCUUCGGGGAGAUAAGCCUGCUGCAGUCCUCACCCAAUGGUGGAAACCGACGGAUGGCCAACGUCAUUGUCCAUGGCUUUGCCAACCUCUUUGUGCUGGACAAGAAGGACCUCAACGACAUCCUGGUGCACUACCCAGAAUCUCAGAAAGUCCUGGCCAGGAAGGCGAGGAAGCUGCUGAUGACCAAGGAGGGGGCAGUUAAAGGGGCAGGUCACACCCAUGGUCUGCAAGCCCGGUGCCAAGUGGAGAGACCAGGUUGUAACCGCCAUUGACUUUGAUGAGAAGAGUGCCCUCUAGUGGCCAUCCCUCAGGUUUCUACUUACCCUGACCCUGUGCUGGAUAAGAGGUUAUGGAAGAUUGAUUGAUGCUUAAUUUCCUUUGCUUUUUUUCU